UCAAUGUAUGAAUUAAAGGAACGAGACACUGAUGCAUGAAUUUAUAGCCGCUACAGGUAGAGGCGUCAGUCCAAGAAGUAGCGCUGGAAAGGCACUGUUGGCGUCGUGGUGGCUGUUGGUGGUGAUAAUGACGUCCACAUACUGCGCCAACCUCAUAGCUGCCCUCUCAGCACAGACCCGUCAACCACCAUUCCUUAACUUGAAUGAACUAGUGGAUAGUGAUUAUGAUGUCGGGAUGAUAACCAGCGGCAUAUCAUUCAGCAUUCUGCAGACUUCAGAAAGACCCGACGUCCAGCGACUAUUGGGAAAGAUGAAGAAAUUUCAGGAGGAAGACCCACUGUUGGUCACAAAUGACGAAGACAUGCAUAUAGAGAGAGUUAGAAGGGGAAAAUAUGCAUAUAUUUGUUAUGAACUUUCUGCAAGACGAUAUAUCAGAGAGGACUGCAGCCUUGCAUAUCUGAAUGAGCGUUUAUCUUGGGAACAUUUAGCAUUUGCUGUCCCGAAGGAUUUUCCUCUGAAACAAGACAUCGAUAGAGUGAUGUCCAGUCUAUGGGAGAGUGGAGUUCUCGAUGUGCUGUGGAAGAUGUGGAACCCAGAGGAGAACCUGACUUGUGUGACAGAGAGACAACAGAAGCCUAUCACACUGAGGGAAGUCGAAGGAGGACUCCUUAUCGUUUGUGGAGGGAUUGCACUUGCUGCUAUUGCACUCCUAGUGGAAUGGACAAAACACAAACUAUCAUCAUGUAAUUGAUCAUCAAUUGCUCGACAUUCUGAAAAAAGGAGUAUCUUUUCCAAAACAUGACACGUUUGUCAGUUCUUCGGAUACAUUCUAUUCACAUC